AGAGAACUAAAAAUCGCGAUCCCGCAGUUGGUCUUGAAAGAAUGCAAUACGCGGAUGUAUCAUGAUCGUACGUAUGAGGUCGAAUUGUUCUGUAGCGAUUCCGCUUGUACCGAUACUUGUAUGCUAACAAUUUCGAAUCUUCAUUCACAGUAACGAGUACGCGUAAUAUUAAGAAACAAGUAAAUCUUUACACGCCGAUAUACGAUAUACCAACGACAGUGGCAAUUAUACAACUGUGACUUCGUGUACGUACAGAGAAUCGCUAAAGCAUUACAAUCGACAAGAAAAGUGCGUGUACGUGAGUGAAUAGAGUGCCUCAACCCUGAUCUCCGCGCCCUUCCGAAUCGUUGACAGUAGUCAUCGUGAUUUUCUGCGAACGAUUCUAUCGAUGACGUGCCGUGGACCAGUCUACGAGAACACAAAAGCAUUGCAUGCUGCGUGUUAGGGCAAGAAACAAGGGUCUAUACUAUCGCGUUUUAACCAUUGAGGUGGGCUGCACCGACGAGGCUGUGGACGUUCCUAGAUUGGCGAUGAAAAUUGAAACAUCCCAGGAUAUGACGUAAAUAUUAGUAUAAAGAGUAACGGAGAACGGCACCAUGAAGAAGAAUCUCACGCCGUAGUGCGAUGUUAGUCACACAGACACCCUCCUCGACGGACAAUCUGCCGAAUAUGCUGCCGGUACUCGAGGAGGAGGCGGAUGUCGAUGUCGACGACGCAUUCCCGCCGCACGUCGACACGACGAACAUCGUCAUACAGCCAGAGUCGCCCACCAGCAAGAAGCAAACGCUGAAGACCUUCAACGAGGUCAAUGCGCUUCUCCAGGCCGGCAGAAAGAGGGAGGCUAAGAUGAUCAUAAGGGAAAACGCGUGGCCAUUGAACAACGGGAUCAGAGCGCAAUUGUGGCCAGCCCUUUGCAACCAACACGCACAUGGGAAAAACAUGCUCGAUGGAUUCUAUUGGGAUAUGGUCAAUCAAGUAUUUGGAACUACAGAACUACCGGAAAAAUCAAUCAUGCUACCACCGUUCGUGGACAGCACUCAUUGCCUGUCGUACCACCUGACGAGAAAAGGCAGGAGCGUUGCGGACAGGAUUGUGUCUGUGCUGGGAUACGCUUGUCCUGAUAUCACCUACAGUCCUUCUCUUUAUCCCAUCACGGCUCUUCUACUACACUUUAUGCCAGAGGAGGAGUGUUAUCAUUGUAUGGCCAGCUUGGUCGCCGCUAAAGACAAGAUGUUCAUUACGCAAACGAAACUCCUCUACGAGGUUACCUGGAAAACCGUCGAACAAAUCACUAAAAAGCACGUGAAAUCGGCAGCGGUACAUUUGGCGAGGCACUGUUCUGGAUCGAGAGCAGAAAGAAUUUACAUGGAUUGGAUGUGGUGGAUUUUGCAGCUUCUUCCUUUCCAGCAUUUAGUCAGGGUUAUGGACUGUUUCCUUCACGAAGGCAUCAAGGUCUUCUAUCGUGUAGCAAUGGCUAUAGUUUUAUUAUUCUAUAAGCAUUCAUCGCUGCAAAACUCUGAAUGGAUGAACGAAAUUUCGAAGAACGGUAUUGACGCUGCUCUCUCGAAAUUCUGCAGACAAACACCGGUAACACCAGCUAAAUUUUUACGUACAGCAUUUGGGAUACGUGGACUCAGCUCAGCAUACAUAUCAAGGGUAUUUUUACGCACAGAAAUGGCUCUAAAAAGUAAAAGCGUUAUAUCGGGAUCCAAAUCAUUGGCUAGAUCACGAUCCACAGACAAUUUGCCGACGAGUCAGUCUCAAGUCAACAUUCAGAUGAUGUCGCACACGCUCACCAUACGAGAAAAAGAGUGUGAAGACACAUACAAAGACAGGGGUGCACACAGUCCUGGACCGCGUGCUCUGUCAAUGGGGGUUUAUCCCAUACAAAGCAUAUGCUCCCAGAUUCUAGAUAUGCCUGAUUUAUUCACGUUAUGGUCCUGGCUGCCUAUGCGGAUCACCAUGUAUCAACCAAUCCUAUUGUAUACAACAGAAGAGCAUGGUUGUUCCUUGACAACGUUUUAUGUAAGGGUAGAACAACAUGAACCAACCCUCUUAAUGAUAAAAACAUGUAACAAUGAAGUAUUUGGUGCCUACUGCUCCACAAGAUGGUGUGAACGUAACUUGAAAAAUGAUAAAGGACAAAGACAAGCUUAUUUUGGAACAGGUGAAACCUUCUUAUUCAGUUUAUAUCCUGAACGAGCAAAAUACCCUUGGGUGGGUAUGGAUUCUUCGCACAAUGAUUCUAAAGUCCAUCAUUCAGCUGAACUGUUUAUGGCGGCAGAUUCCAAAAUGAUAACAAUUGGAGGAGGAGACGGUCAAGCGAUAUGGAUGGAUGAAAAUAUAAGAUUCGGUAAAACAGAUCGGUGCUCUACAUUCAAUAAUCCACCCCUUUGUGCCAGCGGCGAUUUUGAGAUUAGGGUACUAGAAGUAUAUGGAUUUGCUGGUGCUUGAAAAGAAGACAGGAUUUGGCACUAUAACGUAUCAGCUUAUUUGAUUCCCUACUGCCAUUUAGCGACUCUCUUCUAUACAUAUAGUGUCGUAUACAUUAUAUACAAGUAUCUUCGUAUCGUAUAUGUGCAAAAUUAUCGCGCUUUUCUAGUCGCGGUAUUUGUGAUGCAUCUUCAGUCGUUUGCGGAAUACUAGUAUUAUUAUAUGUGCAUGUUUCAUUGUUGAGGCGCUCUAAGAGGUUCUGUACCGAUUGAGAUUACAUAGAUUUAUCUCCUUCGUUUUAUUACGCUUGUAUGUUCGAUUAUUUGUCUCGACGUUUGCAGAAACAAUAAGACGAUUUCUACAUUUAUUGUGUUGCGAAUUCUCUAGCAGGACAUAGAAUGACAUGAAAUGGUUGCUAACGCAUAGAUCAUAGUCCGCGACAUGGUGAACAUCGACAAUAAUCAACGUUAAGUCAUCUUUAGUUAUGUUACAAAUCUUGAUAUCUAACAUGUACAUAUGUAAGAAAUGAUUGAUUAUUUACAUGAAUACUUAAUAUUCAUUGGACCAGAUGCUGUAUAUAUAUAUAUAUAUACGUACGUAUAUACAUAUAUAUAUAUAUAUGUAUAUAUAUAUAUACGUACAUAUGCUGCAAAUUAAUUUAACGGAAUCUAUUGUUAAUUUUGCAAUUUAACAACAAUGCUCGUAUACGUAUGUGUUAAUGCCUUGCAAUGUUUAUUUACUUUAGUAUUGUUACAACUAGCUUUAAUGAAUUGUUGGAUGUAGGAGCGAGACAAACGAAGGAAAGAGUACUGUUUAUAUGUUACAUAUUGUGUCUGUCACGCGUUAAUCGUAUAUGUGUAUAUAUACACUACAUACAUAUAAUAUGUAUGUUAAUCUCAUAUUAAUUUCUUGUAAAUAUUAUAAAUAGUGCCCCUUGCGCAAGUAGGCACAUGCAACACAAUUCAUGCACAUUCAUAUGUACAUUAACUUUAGUCGAUUCAUUCCAUACUGACAUGAACGCGUGACGAUGAAGGAUGGAGUGCCUAGUCGUUUGUAUUAUAUACGCAUUUUCAUUAUUGUCAAAUGAAUCAACUAAAUUUAUUGUAUAUACAUUGACGAAUAUCGAGCCAGCAUUGUAAGAAAGAAAACGAUGAAAUAUAUUAAUGGCAGGGGGCGAAUGGUACUUUGAACAACGAUAAUACCUUUUAUUUUUUAGAGAUGAUUACGUUUGAAGAAAAGCGAACGAAAAUGUUGGUUAAAUCGCGUGAAGAUUGACCUGUUUUUUAAAGUGAAAUACGAAAAGCCAUAGUUUUCAUGUAGUAUAUUAAGGAUUUGUAUAUUUUAUAUAGAAUCAUGUCGAUAGUAAGAUAACAACUAGUACCAGAUAUUGAAACCUGUAUGUACAGAGGAACAGUACGAUGAUUUUUUUUCGAUAUACUUUGUCGAUACACUCUUCGGGCAUUCUGAUGAAACGUACUAAUGUUACUAUCGUUAUUCUUUGUCUCUUUUUGUGAUCAAAUCUGUAUCGAUGUCGUAUGAUACAUGAUUAAUUCUUAGAGUACCUGCUUCUUUGUUUAGUUUCUUGUUGUUACUUCUUUUUUUUUCCUUUUUUUCUCUCUUUUUUUUUUUUUUUUUUUUUUUGAAUGAAAGGGAAAGAUGAAGAGUGAAAUUGAGCGUGCAUGGAAAAACUGAAGGUGUCGAUUUUAGAUUCCUUGGUUGUGAUGUAAAAGUGGCUGGUACCACUUUUGUCCGAGUGACAAUACAUAAUUAUAAUGUUUGUGUAGGAGGAUUAUGUAUCUUUCACCCCCCGUCAUAUUAUCAACUGUAAAAUAACGCAAGAAAUAACAUGUGGAAAAUGUGUGCGUUAUUCUUGAUAUGGCUAUGCAUUAAGGAAGAACACUUAAAAGUACUAAAAGAAAAGAGCCUAAGAAGAAACGUUCCGUACAUCGGCUGAGUCACCUCUUUCAGUUUUACAUUAAUAUAAUCAAUCACGUUAAUUAGUUUUCUUAUAUCGACUCUUUAUACAAUUGUGCGAAACGCAAAUGCAAGAAUGACCAAGCAACACAACAAAGAACAAUCAACACAUUAUACACGGCGAUAUUGAAUUCAAUUCCAAAUAUAACCAGCGUUAUAAUAUCGAAUUUAAUCGAUGCUGCUGAAUCGUUUUCUGAAAUUUGUUUAACAUCAACGAGAUAGUUCAUAGUGAAACAAAACAAUAACGAAUCACGUUCACUUUCCAAUGUUUUGUAAAUCUACGAUGGUACUCCCAUGGUUCACACGAAGUUAGCGAAAGUAAAAGAGUACACUGCUGAUCUCAACGAAAAGAUACACUACGAUAGGAUAGCGUAAAAAAUGUAUGUGUUUUACAUUACCAGAAACCUUAUUACGCUAUCAGAACGAAGUUGGGUUACUCAGUUUAAGCGUAAGAGGUAUCAUAUUGAAAGAUACUCGAGUGUAUUUAGGACGAUUUAUUGUAAUUUUAAAGAUAAUAUAGUUACAAUUUCUCAGAAAUGUGAAACGUGAAAUUGGGGUUAGGUUGGGGUUCACGAUUGGAAGAAAGAAAUAAAGCAAUCGACAGAAUUUAUGUGUCUUACAAACACAAUGCGAGUAAAAGUGCAUUUUUGUACAACACGUGAGAAUAGUUGAAGAAAGGAGAGUCUGCGUAUAUAGAGUUCCAUACAGUUAAAUUAUUGCAUUAUUAGUUUAUAUUUAUACAAUUCAUAUACAAUCCAUAUGUUAAUUGUGUAAAUCAAAGUUUGGGUUUCUACGUUACAGAGUCUUUUUCUUAACUAUUCCAAGGUUGUUACCAGGAACGUUAAGGAUUGCAAAUGCUGCUAGUACGAUUAUCUUUUUCUUUUUUUUUUUUUUUUUUUUUUUUUGUAAAAUUAUAGUCGCGUGAUAACUGAAUGAAUGAAUAUUUAUUUAUUGUGUAUUCGUGGUCGAGAGAAAGGUAAUAAUAAUGUGCAGACAAUGGAAAGUAUUAUUAUUCAAAUUUUCUAACGUAGCACAGCAUAGCAUUACUUUACGUUAGUAAGUAAUAUAUAUAUAUAUAUACAUAUAAAUAUAUUACAUAUAUACGUACAUACAUACAUAUAUACAUAUAUCCAUAUAUAAAUAUAAAUAUGCCUAUAAACGAUGAGAAAAGAAAAAUAAACGUAAUUGAAUGGAGUGUUUUCAAGCUUUCCGCAGUGUUGUUAUAUUAUAAAUAUAUAUAUAUAUUAUAUAUAUAUAUAUAUAAUGUAAGUUAUACCGUUUACGAAAAAGAAGAUUGUUGCCUCUUGAUGCUACUUUAUCAUAUCAUCGUUGUGAAUAGAAUAUUGUUAUACACGAAUUUAUCGUCCCACUUACUGUUCCUUCCAUUUUGAGAAGGAUAUCUUACACACACACAUGUGACAUUCUUUAUUAUAUAAAUAUACUGCAUGUGACCCUAAAAAAGCCAACAUGUAAAACUAAAGUAUAAAGAAAAAUCUAUUUAAAAGCAUCCCAUAAUCCUAGAAAUUGUCAUAAAUGAGAAGGAAAUACAAUUGCUUACGUUCGUACAGAAAAAAUUAGUAUAAUUUUGGACUAUGAAUUUUAAUAAUGUGUGAUAAUUUAACAAAAUUUUUGGAACUUUGACAAUCAAAAAUAAAACAUAAAAUCAAUUGCACUUUGGAAAAUUUGUAGUAGCUGAAAUAAUUCUUUUAAAAGUAAUGUCAUAAACAGUGCGCUAUUUUAAAAUCGAAAAUAGUUAUUACAAACUAAUAUUUUUAUAAGUAAUCGUUCAAAAUUAACAUAUACAAUGAAAGUUUAACGGUUUCCACUGUCAACACUUUCCAAUGUAUCUAUUUAAAUAUUCUUUAGAAAUAUUUUACUAAAUUUUCAACAUCUUUAAAUCUUUACAUUAAAAAUUCCUUGAUGAGAAGAUAUAGAAAAUUUUUCAUUUUUAAAAUUAGUCAUUAAACUAUUGUAAUAUGAAAAUUUGUAUCAUAUUCUUAAUUUAACACUAACCUUACCAUAUCCGGUUAAUUUAAAUUUUCAACUAAAAUUGUACAUUCAUUGUUAUUUCUUUUGUUCGUCCAAUUUUAUGUAAAUUAUUAUACUAAGAAAAAUUGAGAAACCGAUUAAUCAAGUAAUGUAAGGAUUUACAUAAAGUUAGACGAACAAAAGAAAUAACAAUGAAUAUACAAUUUUAAAUUAAAUUUUGAAACCGGUCAUUUGACCGGACCUAGUAAAGUUAAUCUUAAUAGUACAUCCUUAUAUUUUUCAAGCAUUAUCACGAUCAGAAAAAGUGAGUCUGAAUUUUCAUUCAUUACAGUGUUAUUACUAUCUUAAUUAAAAAGAGCAACUUGAAAAAAUUAUCAACUAUUUCAGGAUCAUUUGAUCAACGUGUAUCCAUUAAUUGCAAGUUAAUCUCAAAUUUUCUCAGAAAUGUUUUUCGUACAGUGACUCAACCGUUGUACAGCGAUGUAAGUAGGGAUGACACUUGUACGGCGUUCGCGCAACAUCUUCAAGCUGCAUCAUGUGUAGUUGAAAAGUCACCAGUAUUGUUCGCGCUGUGUUCCUUACAAUUUCGACGGUGCGUCGCGCGUUCCCUGUAACUUUCGAUCAUCUAUAGCUUCUUUCUAAAUUGUACAACAAUCUAAUUGACGUAGAUAGAUUCACGAAUUCUACAAAAGGGAAUAAUAUGAAUUGUCUGUCAUAGACAACGUAAGCUUUUAAUAUAGUGUGUUCGAUAAAGUAGUGAUUAAAUGUACAAACUACGAAAGUGUUUGGAACCGAUUUCACACGUGAACUGUAAUCGUACGAACAACUGUCAAGAAAAAUAGCGAUAAAUCUCUGUACUUCGUUAACAUUCAAGGUAACGAUAUAUAUAGCUUCUUGUUGAAACACUUGCAAAUAAUUAAUUGUCAGUAAAAAUAAAUAAAUAAAAUUUUAUGUUAGCCAAUAA